AUGGGUUGCGCUGGGUCGUCUAAAAAAAAAAAAGACUAAGAAAUAAAAGAUAAAUAACCUGAAAUAAAUUUUAAGAACUACUAUUAAUGUGUCCAAAAAGAUUUAGAAUUGAACAUAAAAGAUCAAAUCGAAAAUUUGUUGAAAAAAAAUAAAUGUAAAGAAGAAGAUAUAGAGAGGGCUAAGCGUGAAGCUUAUAUAGGGUAUUCCAAUCUCUAAAUAAAGCAUAGAGAUAAGAUUGAUAAUGGUGUGAAUAUAAAAGAAGUAGAGAAGUUAUGCAAAGAUUAUGAUAAACUUCAAACAUAACUUUAAUUCAAAGUUAUUUUAAUUGCUUUAGAUGUAGAAUAUUUAAGAAAGUUAGUUUAGUCGAUGGAUAAAUUUUAUAAAGAUUUUCUGAAACACUUAAAAGAUAACAGAUUUCAAGAAAAUGUUUUAGAAUACAUUUAAUAAGAAACUUAAUCAAAAAGUGUUUAAGACUAAAGUGAAGAAUUUAGAGAAAAACUUUUUAAGGAAUUCGAGAAAAGAUUAUUUGAUAUAAUUUAAUAAUUCUCAAAUUAAUAACAAAAAAUGAUUUCUGACAAUGUUUUGAUUAGAUAAAUACUGAUAGCUAGACUUUCUGACUCAGAUGAUAUAGAUUUAAGGCAUUUAAUUUAAAUAGUUAAUAGUAAGAGCUAAAAAUAAUUUUUAGAAAGUAUAUCAGAAAUAAAAAAGUUACAAUUAAGAGAUUAAUCCAUGAGCUAACUUAUUAACUAAAUGGAUUAUAACUUCUUAUAAAGAGAAAAUGAAACAAAUAUCUAAAAUGAUGUUCAACCCACUGAUAUAAACAUAUAAAUGCUAGAAGGUUAAAUAAAUUAAUAACCUUACAACCAAAUAAUUUAUGAUAAUGAUAAUUCAUAAAACUAUUAAUAAACUUUAGCUAUAGAUCUUAGUCCAAAUGUUAAUGUAACUAAAAAGUAAAAUACUGAUAAUUAAAAUAAAAGCGAUGUAGUAAAAAAUUUAAUUUAGCUACCAUUUACUUCUAACAAUGAGUUAAUGUUAGGUAAUAAUACUAUUUAAAAUCAUUAGCCUGAAAAUCAAGAGCAACAAAACAAUAAUUAAGUAAAUCAAUUCAUUUCAUAAUAAAAUUAAGUUAACCAGAAUUAAUAAAUAGCUAUUAAUAGUGCUUUAGCUAAAAACUAAGGCAAACCUGAUUAUAUAAUCAAUGAGCUAAAUAAAAAUGAUUAAAUAUAAGGUUCAUUGAUAAAAAAUUAAAUUUAGCAACAAAUACCUUCAAGCAGUUUGGUAGCAUAAGAUAUUAAUGCUAAUUAAUAUAACUUUUAAAUUGAAAAUUAAGAAAAAGGUAAUAAUGACAAUUAAGAAAAUCAAAUCGUAUCAUAAUAAAAUAAUGCUAAUCAAAACUAAUAAAUUACUUCUACCAGUGUAUUGAUUAAUGGUUUCGGACAAGCAUUUAAUUUAACCAAUCAGGUAAGCAAGCCUGAUUAAAUUUAAGCUUAAGUGAAAAGUUAAACUUAGUAGUAAUUACCUUCUAGUAGCUAGGUUAUGUAAAAUUUUAAUACUCAUUAAUAUCAUCUUUAGCUUUAAGAUCAAGAAAAAGGCAACAAUAAUUAAGAAAAUCUAACUAUUUCAUAAAAAAAUAAUGCGAAUCUAAACUAAUAAAAUAAUUCUACCAGUGUAUUGAUUAAUGGUUUCGGAUAAGCAUAUAAUUUUACAAAUCAGUUAAGCAAACCUGAUUAAAUAAGUUAAACAUAGUAGUAAUUGCCUUCUAGUAGCCAGGUUAUGUAAAAUUUUGACACUCAUAAAUAUAAUCUUUAACUUUAAGAUCAAGAAAAAGGCAACAAUAAUUAAGAAAAUCUAACUAUUUAAUAAAAAAAUAAUCCUAAUAUAAACUAAUAAAUUAAUUCAACCAGUGUAUUGAUUAAUGGUUUCGGACAAGCAUAUAAUUUAAACACUUAGUAGUAAUUGCCUUCUAGUAGCCAGGUUAUGUAAAAUUUUGACACUCAUAAAUAUAAUCUUUAGCUUUAAGAUCAAGAAAAAGGCAACAAUAAUUAAGAAAAUCUAACUAUUUAAUAAAAAAAUAAUGUUAAUAUAAACUAAUAAAUUACUUCAACCAGUGUAUUGAUUAAUGGUUUCGGACAAGCAUAUAAUUUAAACAAUCAGUUAAGCAAGCCUGAUUAAAUAAGUUAAUCUUAAGUGAAAAGUUAAAUUUAAUAGUAAUUACCUUCUAGCAGCCAGGUUAUGUAAAAUUUUAACACUAAUUAAUAUAAUCUUUAGCUUUAAGAUCAAGAAAAAGGCAACAAUAAUUAAGAAAAUCUAACUAUUUCAUAAAAAAAUAAUGCUAAUCUAAACUAAUAAAAUGCUUCUACCAGUGUAUUGAUUAAUGGUUUCGGAUAAGCAUAUAAUUUAACCAAUCAGUUAAUCAAGCCUGAUUAAAUAAGUUAAUCUUAAGUGAAAAGUUAAAUUUAAUAGUAAUUACCUUCUAGCAGCCAGGUUAUGUAAGAUUUGAACACUCAUUAAUAUCAUCUUUAGCUAUAAAAUUAAGAAAAUAAAGGAAAUGAUUCAGAAAAUCAAAACUUUUCAUAAUUAAAAAAUGUUAAUCAAAGUUAAUAAAAUACUUCUACAAAUGCUUUGAUCAGCCCAACAUAUAAUUUAACUAAUCAAUAAAACGAACCUGAUUAAAUUAAAUCAGAAGUGAAAAGUUAAAUUUAAAAAUAAGUUCCUUCUAGUAGCUAAGUAAUUUAAAAUUUUAAUAAUCCUUAAUAUCAAAUUUAAACGUAGAACUAAAAUUAAGAAAACAAUUAAACAAACCAAAUCACUUCACAAUAAAUUUAAACUAAUUUAAAUUCAUAAUAUCCCUCUACCAGUGUCUUGAUUAAUGGUUUUAGUCCAGCAUUUAAUUUACCCGCUUAGCUAAGCAAGCAAGAUUAAGUAUAAAUUUCCCUAACGAAAAGUUAAAUUUAGCAACAAUUUCCUACUAGCAGCUAGGUAAGAUAAGAUAACAAUGCAAAGUAGUAUGAAAGUUAAGUAUAAAGUAAAGUUUAAGAUGAUUAUAAUUUUGGAAAUUAUACUUAUUUAUAACAAAGUAAAGUUAAUCUUAAUUAAUAAAAUCCUUCUACAAGUGUACUUAUAAAUGGAUUUGGCUCUGCAUAUGGUUUUCCAAAUGAACCGAAUAAUUAGGAUAAUAAAGUUUAAUAAGCAAUUCCUAUAACCAGCUAGAUCUUUUCAGAUAUUAACAAAGCUGUUUAAUAUUACUUAUAGGCACAAAAUCAAGUUUAAGUGGAAAAUUAAAAUACUAACUAAAACAACCUUACUAGAAUGAAUGAAUAAGUAGAUAAUGAAGACACAGAUGAAUAAUAAAAUAAUUAACCAACAAAUAGUCAAUACUUUGGAGAAAGAGUAUUAAGUGUAUUUAUUCCAAGUAUUGUGAACGAUCCAUAAAACAAUAUAAAUAACGAUUAAAAUGAAAAUUAGAAAAAAUGUACAACAUCAAGCUAAUUGAUAUAAUAGUACAAUUUAGAUUUAACUGAAAAGACAAAAAAUUCAAACCUUUCUGCUGGAACUGCAGAAUAAACUCAAUAAGUAUAAACCACACAAAAAACAUUGAGUUAUUUAGGAUCAGUCUUAGAUACAAAAUGA